AUGACUGUCAAUAGAAGACCAUUACUUAUGACACGCACUAUACCAAACAAAGAGGAUUUUCAAAAGAUAGGAUUUGAAGAAAAAGAAAAUGAUCCAGUCAUUAUUAUUACAAAUAAAGAAGAGAAUGAUAAUAAUAGGAACGAGAAUCAUCAUGGAGUUUAUCAAGAUGACAAUGAUGAAAAUCAAUUUCAAAAAAAGUUGGUUGUAAAAAAAGGCUGGAUUGCAACUGAUAAAUUUAAUAGAGUUUAUGGAGUUUAUCAAAUAGUUAUAGGAACUAUCAUGUUCUCGGUGUUUGCGUUGAUUUUAGAGGAAUUGGUUGGAUUUUUUAUUUAUAUUGGUUUCAAAGGUUUGCCAUCACUUCAAUCAUUAGGUGUAGGCGUUGCUAAAACAACUGACCCGGCCAUAUUCUUGGUUUGGGUUUAUUAG